CGAGGAUGAGCAGGUCCACCUCCAGAAAAACGGUCUCAAGUUGACGGAUUUCGAGGUCAGAGGCGUACUAGGUGAGUCAACAGCCUCUUUGACGCCUUCUAUUUCCUCACAAUAUGCCCCCAGGGACGGGAACCUUUGGUCGCGUCCUCCUCGUCCGACAUCGAGGAUCAACAGGCACCCAGAGUCACUUUGCGAUGAAGGUGCUGCGCAAGACGGAAAUCGUCCGUCUCCGACAAGUCGAGCAUGUCAAUGCCGAGCGGUACAUCCUUUCAAGGGUGCAUCAUCCCUUCGUUGUCGACCUCUUUGCCACAUUCCAGGACAGUUUGAAUGUCUAUAUGCUCAUGUCAUACGUCCCCGGCGGAGAGCUCUUCACACACCUUCGCAGAGCCCACAGGUUCACCCCAGAUGUCACUAGGUUUUAUCUCGCCACUAUCAUUUUAGCGCUUAAAUAUCUCCAUUCUUUCAACAUCAUCUAUCGAGACCUCAAACCAGAGAAUCUCCUCCUUGAUUCUCGUGGCUACCUCCGUCUCACCGAUUUUGGCUUUGCAAAGAUUGUUGACGAUCGUACUUGGACCCUGUGUGGGACACCCGAAUAUCUUGCUCCCGAAAUCAUCCAAUCCGAUGGCCACGGUAAAGCCGCUGAUUGGUGGGCAUGUGGAGUUCUAUGCUACGAAAUGCUAGUCGGCUAUCCGCCCUUUUUUGACGAAUCGCCGUACGGAAUUUACGAGAAGAUUCUCAAUGGUCACAUCCACUGGCCGAAGACCAUGGACCCACUUUCCAAGAGUCUUGUUAAAGCCUUUCUGAAUCCAGAUCGGACCCAGAGGUUGGGAAACAUGAUUGGUGGUCCCCAAGAUAUUCUGGACCAUGCCUGGUUUAGAGGUGUGGAUUGGGAUGCAUUGGAGAGGCGGGAAAUAAACGCCCCCAUUGUCCCCAUGACAUCUUCCGGAGACGAUACCCGACAUUUCCUGGCCCAGCCCCUUCCACCGCCUGACGAGAUGCCCGGCCUCCUUAGAGAGGAAGCACCCGCUACCAUCUUUGAACGCUUCGACCCCAUAUCUUACCAGUUUCUUGAAUUUUAAAGCCCCCCCCCCCCCAUCGUGUGUAUCGACCAAGCUAUUUAUUCCACGUUAAAUCUUUCUACGUUUUCCCGGCCCUAUCUAUUCAUUCAGGAUCUGAUUGUAUCAAACUACUACCCGCUCUUUUUUGUCUUCUCGUCUCUCUCCGAUUGUAUGGGUCUCUCUUCUUGACGUAUGCAUCGCUUCUAUUGUAUAUAUCAUUAUUCGUAGUACAUAAUCGCGUACUCGUACUUCGUUCUUUCUGUCUUUGCUUGUCUUGUCAGCACUCUCAAGUGGUAGUGUAGCUGUGAUUUGCUCUUUGGGCACGAACCAUAAGUAUACCUCUCUUGUAUCGUUACUUUAGUAGAUAUAAAUGAUCAUCGCUUUUUAAUUACUUGAUACUGGCUGUUCCAUGACAG